CUCAGACCGGGCAGUCAAAACACGUUGGUCGUGCGGGCCUCAAAACAUUGACUGUACAUUGUCAAGUGAAGUGAUAAACUCACUGUCUGUCAAAUUGAAAUGCUUUAAAAGGAAAAAAACUAUGUCGAAAGAGAGAGCAUACAACAUCAGUGUUAUAGCAGAAGAAGACGCGGAAUCUGUUAUGAAAUUAAUAAAAAGGACUUUUUACAUUGAUGAACCGUUAAACCGUGCUGUAGGUCUCUGUACCUCAGAAACGGAUUCAUGCCCAGAACUUGAUGAAUAUUGCACUGGUUCACUAUUGGAAGGCUUGUCCUUUAAAGCUACGGACGCUGAGGGCAACGUAAUUGGAGCUAUGAUCAAUGGGGUGUGCCCCGUGAAAGAGGAUGAUAAUGGCAACGACUUACUCAGCCAAGCCCAGCGAUGUACAAAUCCGAAAUUCCAAAAAAUCCUCUACAUAUUGGCCCGACGGGAGAGUGGUGCGAAGUUGUGGGAAAAGUUUCCCCACGACCACGAGCUGGUUGAAGUCAAAAUCGCGGCAACUGACCACAAUUGGAGACGAAAAGGCAUCAUGAAUGCAUUAACAGAAGAAACAGAAAAAGCUGUAAGAACUCGAGGGAUCAGAUUAAUACGCCUUGACACAUCAAGCGCUUAUUCAGCGAUGACAGCUGAAAAAUAUGGCUACACAUGUUACUACAAAGCGCUAUACAGAGAUAUAAAGAUGGACGGAAAACCGCUAAUAGUGCCCGAGCCCCCGCAUUUGGAAGAUAGUGUAUACGUAAAGGAAUUAUUCCCGUUAUAAUUAUUAUCAGUAUUACAAUAAACGAUAUUAUUAAA